CUACAACAACGAACCGAACCAGGAUGAAGGUCAAGCAAAUUUACCUUCUUCGCGAAGGCCAAACAGCCGACAACUACUUUGACCCAUACACUGGUGAAUGGGGAGAUCCCGCAACACCUACUCGACGCUUUGCAGACAAAUCGCUCUCGGAAGCAGCUAUUCAACAAAUAAGAGGGACUGCACGCGCUCUCUCGCGUCUUAAACUUGAGAGGGUAUUCGUAGCUCCACACUGGCAGUGCGUAGAUACGAUGUCCCGGAUUCUACCUCACCUUAACGUCGCCGACCCUCAUAGUGGCCUCAUGAGUGUGGAAUAUGGUCUAUCUGCUUGGGAGGAUCCCUUCUAUUUCCCGCCGGGUGUCAAGUCGAAGUCAGGAAAUGCGCUACAUCCUACGGCAAUCGGCGUAUUUGCUUCCAAUUUCUCGAAUAUAGACACCACUUAUCGAAGUGCCUGGUCCCACUCUCCUCCAACAUGGGACGCGGGGCUGUGGAGGAGAGAUGUAGAGGACAACCUGAUUCCACCCACAAAUACAGUAAGCGACCCAGACGAGUGGGAAUCGAUGCCCACAUUCCUACUCCGGAUCAAAGUCUUUCUGGAUCAGAUAACACGUUAUCGUCACGCCAGGCGUCGGGCCAUCUUGAUAUGUGCGACAGCUCCUGCCUUGCUUGCAAUUGCUACGCUUCUGAAACACUGGCAUUCAUUGCCGUCCUAUGAUUACGACUCUCCAGCCAAUAUCGAUGUAUAUCGCGCCUGGAUGACAAAAAGUCUCAAGAAAUUUCGGCGCCUCAUGAAAGGGCCAACCUACUGGCGGGAGUUUCGCACUGGAAACCUCUACAUUACGCGAUAUGACCGUACCUUACUCCGCAAUUGGAGAUUGGCAAUAGAUGGGAGACGUCGCCACAUCUCGAGAAAAAUCGAUCAGGGAAAUGAGUGGUACAUGCCCGUUGAUGCAAGAUGGCAGUUGCGUCUGGUUCCCGAUAUUCGAGAAUAUGAGAAACAUCCGAUCGGUUGUAUAUACAACUCUGUUCAUGAUUUCGCGCUACAAACAACGGGAGAAGUCUUCGAAACCUAUCUGGCACUUCGUCGCCAUUUUGGAAGUAAUCCUUAUCAUGUCCCGUGGUACAUGUACAUUGGCCUAUGGUUUUGCCACCUAACGAUGUGGUCAUUAGCGCUGUACAAGAUCGUACACACCGUAGCGUUGACCAUAGAAGACUGGACUUGGGUGUACACACCAAUGAUGGCAAGCACGGUACAGUUCAUGCUCUUCAUGUUCCCGCCUUUGCUCGCUGCAUAGACAACGAUGACUAUAAUCUUACUAGCAGUCUGAACGAUCCUUCAGCAUUCAGAGACUUGUUCAGACAGCAAUACUUGCGGUCUUGCUUAGGUGGGUGUUUCUUGCUUGAUCAAUGUUAGGUCCCUUUAGCUUUUAAAGUUUAGUAUGUGGCUUCGCAUCGAAUGGAACAAUUCUAUACUGAGAAGCUGAGUUUACGAGAUGGCCGAGUG